GAUUUAAGGGGGAAAGUGUGAGCCCUAAGACAGAACGACCUGAAAUGGAAAGAGCAAUGGCUCCUGCAGCUACAAAAUCAGACUGUAGUAGAGGGCCCGGGACCAUUGCUAGCCUACGACAGGACACAGGUUCAAAAACCCAAGAAGCCUGCACCCCCACCUGUUCUCUCUCCCCUUUGAGAUGGGGCUGUGGACAGACCUGCUAGUCAUUACCACUACUUAAUUUUCAAGACUCAGUGCAAAAAAGAAUAAUGCCUGGUCGUUUGUUCAAGAAUUAGGACUUUCAAGAUGGUGGCGGCAGAACCUUAAGCCAGACAGGAGCCUAUGGUGCCCUUGGUGCUGGUGGAAAGUGGACUUCUCCACCCCGCUCCCCAACCCCCACUCAGGUGAACCUCCAUACCAGGAAUAAAACAGAUAUGUUUAGGGGACUGGCGUUUCCGCAGCGAUUACACCGGCAGCUAAGAGGAGGUUUAAUUUAGGAGGAAAGCUCCUGCCCUCCCAUGGGGCACAGAGAGUUCUCACGAUCACCCAUCACCAAGGAUCAUCCAGGAUCACCAAUCACCCUAACCCCUGUCUUGGUGUGUGUGGGGGGGAGGGGGCAGCCUAUGUCGCAGGGAUGCGAAGGGAGAGCCAAUCUAGCCAGUUUCCCACGGCCAGCUUGGAGCGUCCGCAGUGCGCCUUACUGACCCACGCGGGGCUCCGGGGGCGGCUGACAGCGGCGGGCUAGCUCCCGCGCCCAGGGCCCCACCCGGGUUCCAAAGCCCUCCCCUCCCACCUGCUCCCGGCCCUACCGGGGUGUGGGCGUGGGAGACGCCCGGAGGGGACCAGGCAGAGCUAGAGGCGGGGACCCAAAAGCCGGCGCCCCCCGCGCCUCGCAAAGCCUCUCGGAUGCUCGGAUCUCCCCUGCCCCAGCCGCGGGGUCGCCCCUAAAUCCACACGGCUGGGGCCCGCAGUCACGCGUGUUGCCCUUCCGGCCUCUCCGAGGGCCCCGCCCCGCCCCGCCCGCGGGGUGCGGGCCCUUUAAAGGCGCGCUCGGCUGGAGCCGCCCCUUCUGUCGGCCAAGCUCGGGAGCUGCGGCCGCCAGCGGGCCUUGGCCAUGGCGUCCCCGGCCAUCGGACAGCGUCCCUACCCGCUUCUCCUAGACCCCGAGCCGCCGCGGUAUCUGCAGAGCCUGGGUGGCACCGAGGCGCCGCCGCCGCCGCCCGCCCGGCCACGCCGCUGCAUCCCCGCGGCCCUGGUCUCCGCGUCCGGGGCGUCAGAGGGGCGCGGCGGCCGGAGGGCUGCCCGGGGGGACCCCGAGCCCAUGCCUCGGGACUGCCGACCCGCUCGCCCUGUCCGGCCCGGUCUGCAGCAGAGACUGCGGCGGCGGCCUGGGUCGCACCGACCCCGCGACGUGCGGAGCAUCUUCGAGCAGCCGCAGGAUCCCCGCGUCCUGGCCGAGAGAGGCGAGGGGCACCGUUUCGCCGAACUGGCGCUGUUAGGCGGCCCGGGCUGGUGUGACCUGUGCGGACGAGAGGUGCUGCGGCAGGCGCUGCGCUGCGCUAAUUGUAAAUUCACCUGCCACCCAGAGUGCCGCAGCCUGAUCCAGCUGGACUGCAGACAGAAGGAGGGGCCUGCCCUGGAUAGACGCUCUCCAGAAAGCACUCUUGCCCCGACCUCCAACCAGAAUGUCUGUAAGGCAGUGGAGGAGACACAGCACCCGCCCACGCUACAGGAGAUCAAGCAGAAGAUUGACAGCUAUAACAGCCGGGAGAAGCACUGCCUGGGCAUGAAGUUGAGUGAAGACGGUACCUACACGGGCUUCAUCAAAGUGCAUCUGAAACUCCGACGGCCCGUGACGGUGCCUGCUGGGAUCCGGCCACAGUCCAUCUACGAUGCCAUCAAGGAGGUGAACCCCGCAGCCACCACCGACAAGCGGACAUCCUUCUACCUGCCACUCGACGCCAUCAAGCAGCUGCACAUCAGCAGCACCACCACUGUCAGCGAGGUCAUCCAGGGGCUGCUCAAGAAGUUCAUGGUUGUGGACAACCCACAGAAGUUUGCACUCUUUAAGCGGAUCCACAAAGAUGGACAAGUGCUCUUCCAGAAACUCUCCAUUGCUGAUUGCCCUCUCUACCUGCGUCUGCUCGCUGGGCCUGACACCGAGGUCCUCAGCUUUGUGCUCAAGGAGAAUGAAACCGGGGAGGUAGAGUGGGACGCCUUUUCCAUUCCUGAACUCCAGAACUUCCUAACUAUCCUGGAAAAAGAGGAGCAGGACAAAAUCCACCAAGUGCAGAAAAAGUACAACCAAUUCCGGCAGAAACUGGAGGAGGCGUUACGAGAGUCGCAAGGGAAGCCUGGGUAACCAGCCUCUUUCCUGUCCUCAGUGCCCUCCGAUUUAUUUUAUUAUUUUGCAACAGACACUUAUUUUCAAGACACCUCUGGGUCCACCUGUGCCUGCCCAGCAGUUAACAGAUGUGGCACAAAGUCUCUUCCACAAAGUGUCUGUGCAGGGUUCGAUUCCUGCCAACCCACCGCGCCAUGACUCUGGAGAGGUUCCGUCUGGAUCAGAACUCAAGGAACGAACAGUUUCUCCUGCUCAAUCUGCUGGCCUUUCACAAACCAAAUAGUUGCCUCUCUGGUCACCAAACUCCAACCAAUCACACCAGCCGGCAAAAAGCAAAGAAAGGUUUUAGAGCCCUGUGUUCCUUCUCUGGAUUUAGUUCUUCAGUUCCUCUUCCUUGCCACCAUAGUGUCUUUAUUUAUGGGUCCAAUAUGGGAUAUUCAUUCGGCGAUGUCCUUGAAAGCAGGAAAUGCUCAUGAAAGGACUGCCCUCCUUGCCCCAGGUGCCUCCUCUUCACUAGGACUAGACACUCAGGGUUAGCCUGAGAUGUCAGAGGCUACAGCCCGGACCAGGCCCCGUCUGUCACCCCACGGCCUGUGCACAUGAAAACCCAAAGGCAAAUCCAUCCAUCUGUGUGGUAUUUCAGCAUGUCUUUGUCCGACUAUGUUUGUUAUGUUAGACUUCGAGUUUAAUGUUGUUGUCCUCACGGGUCUCUACCAAAGGGAAACUGGCCACUUAACAAUUUUAGUCUCCUGCUGAGUCACCGGGAAGUCCUGCAGAGAAGCACAUCCAAGCUGUCUACAGCCUGCCUGCAACUAGGAAGCAGUGGGGGCCUGGACUCCUGGGUCUACUCCGCAGGCCUCCAGCUCGGCCUCCAUCCUCUCCAGCUGGAGUAGCAGCCUUGACUACACACAGUGGGAGGGUUCUUUCUGUUGCAAAGCGUGGGCUGCUACAGCACAGCAGUCAGCAAACCUCCCUGGUGACUUCAGUGCCUUUUUGUUUUCCGAGAGAAGAGCAGGGCAUGUUUGCUUACAGCUCUCCUGCUGGCUUGACCCUGGCAGGAAGUGGACAGUGGUGGUGUAGAGAUAAGGACAGGGGAUUCCUCAAAGUACAGGGUGAUGAUCACACACCUCUUUGCCAUCAAGCUUCCUGAUCAGGCUCUGAUUUCGAAGAUGUGAUAUUAUUAAACCACACUGACAGCAUCAGAUUAUGACUCCAGCUCUUUGACUAGUUCAAACUGAAAACAAAUUACCCAGGACUGCAAGGACACUCAAUACAGAGGGGGAAAUCUUGUCCUUUUCAAAGCAGGCCGGUGCUCCAAUCUAGCCUCCAGAAGAGACAUUUUCUUGUUGCCUUGCCCUUCCACACCCCUUGGGUUGUUUUAAGCCUAAACUUCUAAGUAUAGCCUCAAAAUUUCCCUCCCCAGCUCAGGCCAGCCUACACCGCUCCUGUCCCAGAGGAAUGCUGAGUCCUUGUCAUUCAGUCUUCUCCAGAGCUGCCAAAGCAACAUGAGCUAGCAACCCUGAGGCCGUGCAUGCCGUCAACCCUGGCUGUCCGCCAUCUCCUGCUCAGCUUUAUGGCGUCCCUCCCUCCUGUGUAUGACAGGGGCAGGUAGAAAGUCACUCCCUCCAUCCUGCAUGUCUGCAGCAUUAGGAGAAGGCAUGGCUCCUGCUGCAAACACUGUGAAUGCUGCUGAGAGCCUCCCUCCAUGGAUGGCUAUUUUAUUUUUGAGAAGAAAAAAAAGUCAUGUAUAUAUAUGCAAAUAUAUAUAUAUAUAUGUGUAUAUACACAUAGAGGCAUAUAGCUAUAUAUGAAGAAAAGGUGUUUAUUCAGAAAAUAAUAGUGAAAUUCAGACUUUAAGCACAGUUGGACUCAGGGCCUCUACUGAGGCUGCGACUCUGGGGAGGUCACGUUCCUUCAGCCCCAGAGCUGGCUGUAACUGCUGGUGGUGCCUUCUAUGGUUGUGUUGCUCCGUGGGUGUUCGUUUUGAAAAGAUUUUCUUUCUAAAUGUCUUUCUUAUAUAUGUUUUUUAAUGAUUAAUAAAAGCUUACUGCAAAAACAA